GUGAACAUCUUCGACGACGAGACCAAGGCCACAGGGGCUGAUGCGGACGUGGUCUACUGGCACCACAAGUGCCGCGGCGCGGCCAGGUACCUGGAGAACGCCGCUCUUGCUCGCGACGCCCGGGAGCACGAUCCCGCUAAGAAGGUGCACAUGAGGAACUUGCGCGACGUGGAGAAGAACAACGUGACCCUCUGGCGGAAACAAGUGCUGGGCCUCGUCGUUGAAGACGGCCGCUAUCGGACUGCCGUGCAUAGGGACGCUGCCACCAAAAGCUUGGACACCCUGGAAACCUACAGCAGGAAGGAGCAGCUCGACGACGUGAUCAUGCUCGACUUCGAUGAGUUCUGCGCCCACCAUGCGUUCUGGAAGCGGUGGGAUGACGCUCGGUGUGAAAUCGAGUGGGACGCUGCCGUGAACGACCCGAGGAUCCUCAAGGAGGGCGAAGGGGUGAACCUCAGGGUCCCUGUUGCUCUGCCGAAGAAGUACAGGGGCAUCCAGGGCGUCGGGGAGAGUUCGGCCAUCCAGUCCGAGAAGGCACACGAAGGCAAGGAUGACAUCCAGCGGGCCAUGCAGCGGGUGAGAUCCGCCGCGAGCGGGUCGUCUGACCAGCUUGCGAACAUGGGUGGCCAGGCUCAGGCAGCUCUUCGUGUUGGCGCAGCUUUUCGCGGCGCGUCCUCGGGUCGUGGCGACGCAGCGGUGUUCCAAGACAAUCAUUUUAGCGUCUUCGGUCACGACUUCCUCUCCAACAGCUGCGGUCCAGCCCGCGGGGGCGCGCCGCUUGUGCAUGGCGUUCCAGCGCCCUGCCUGUCCCCGGCACCUCUCGUUGGCGGCGACGGGCAGCCUGCAACGUCGUCUGGGGCGGCUACGCCGCUCGUGGCCGCGGGGGCCGGUGCUGCGCCAGGAACGCCGUUCGGAAUGCCAGUGCCGCCCGCAGAGACGCUGUCGGCGGCGAAGCCCAAGAAGGUUUGGACGGGCCCAGAGAUCUCCGCUGCCAAGAAGAAGCUGGGGGUCGACAUCGCGGGCCUCCUGAAUGAGGUCUACCCGCCCAAGAGAGGAGGCUUCCUCAGGACCGCGCAGAACUUCGCCACGUCGCUCGGCGCAAAGUACCCGCAGAUGCUCAUUGAUGAGGUCGUGGCGGUAAACAUUACGGAGCUCGAGGCCGCGAUCAAGGAGAUCUCCGACAAGAAGAAUGCCGUGCCGAACUGCCCAGCGUCGAAGUUCGAGGAUAUGCAGGAGGAGGUGGCGGAUCUCGAGUCGACAGUUCAGCGCCUUGCCAGCCAGCUGAACGCAAGCAUGACUAAGAUCAAAGAUCACCAUGCCGCGACUCAGAAGAAAAUCAAGAGCGACGCCGCGAAGGAUCGGUAUCGACUCAACCAGUCAACCAAGCGAUUCACAGACAAGGGCUGCACUUUGAAGAUAGCCCAGCACCUGGACAACAUCGAGAAAGAGACGAAGAAUGGCGUGAAGGCGUCCUUGGUGAAGCCCAUGCUCGACGAUGCCGAGACGAAGGCCCUGGCGUCUAAGGGGCCCGGGCUCAUCGACCUUGCGAAGAACACGAACCUCAAUGAGCUCGUGAAGUUCUGCGACGCGGAGUUCCAGGAGAGGGCCAAGAGGCUCAUCGACCAUCUCAAAGCAGCCAACGGCAAGGGCAACCUGCAGCACGCCGUGACGAUUGAGCCUUCUACUCGCUACCUGGAGCUGUACAAUGUGCUGUUUGACAACGUCGUGGAAGGCGUCCCAGACUGCAUGCUCUUCCCCUGGAACGUCGGGAUCGCUGAGAACGCGUGCAGGUCGGGCUUCGACUGCACUGGCUUGGCGGGCCUGCCGCAGGUAGUCUACUGCGUCGCUGGGGAGGCCACGGUGCUCUUGGCUGACAUCGCGCAGCUCAUCCAGGGCGACGGCCAAGAAAUGGACGAUUUGGCCAAGCUCAUUACCCUAUUGGAAGGCUGCACGCUCGAGAUGCUUGGCGAUCGCUUGCGAUGGAUUGUGCUCGAGAAGGGCCAGCUCCUCUGGGUGCCUGCGGCAUUCGUGCCAUUCUAUAAGACCGCAACCAAGGGGGGGUGCGUCGUCUCCCAGAUCCCUGCGCUCAAUAAGCUCAACGUGGCGGCUGAUGGUCCCUUGGUCCAAACCUGGAAAAUGAUCAUCGACUCGCUGGCGAAGCACGCCUCCUUGCGGAAAGAUUGCAAUCCGUGGAAGAAGAUCUCAGACAAGCUGCCCAAACUGUGCGAUGCGAUCCAGAGGGAGGUCAAGCCCGAGCUCGACGUGAAGAAGGACGACGACGGCUCCAAGCUCGGCGUGAAGGACGACGACGGCUCCAAGCUCGACGCAGAGAAGGGCGACGGCUCCAAGCUCGACGCAGAGAAGGGCCCCGAGGACAGCUCCAAGGCGCCCGCGGGGGUCGGCGACGGCCGCGACAGCAAGGGCACCGAGGACUGA